AUGCAGCCAACCACCAACCCUUGCAGUGAGUUUUAUCUCCACUCCACCGCCAUCAAUGCCAUCGUUGCGGACACAAUCAUCACCAACAGAGCAGGACUUCCUCAGGACUCAUGGCCUGCCAGCAUUCGGUCUGCUUGGAGUAAGAACCGGUUUUCCAUUGGCCGAUCUCUCACUCUGGCUGAGCUGACGACUCGUCUGUAUGCCGAGACCGUCGAGAAGACAGAAUGGGAGCAGAAUUCCUCCGCUAUUUCGACAGGUCCUACAAGAAGAUUAUGGUCGGCUUGUCAGGAAAAAGGUGGGGCCAUAUUGCCGCCGUCUAUUUACCAGGGCUCUGAAGCCUCGGGUCUGACUGGCUCUCCAUCCCCUCCUCUGCUACCGGAUCCUCCUCCGAACAGUUCGAACAGCACCGCUUCUUCAGUUACUGUCGGCAGUAGCGAUGCCAUUUUUGACGGCUCCACAGGGGAAAGUCAACUCUCGGCUGGUCGUCAAGACGAGUCUGGCACCCCGCCUGUGGAACCCACGAAUGAGGCGAGCUCAGGUCCGAUUGAGUUUGUGCAAGCUGAGCAAAGUCUAUUUGAAAGCAGCUACGAGUCAGUUAAGACGACACGCAUAACUGACAAUACAACUCCUCGGUAA